GUUCAGCUUUGCCUGCUGCCACAUGCUUGUCGUUCCUGUCAAUUGUAUCAUCAUCAUCCAUCAUCCAUCAUCAGUCAACCCAACGACAGAAUACCACCUGUUGGGCACUUUUCCCUCUGCUCAACGGUACCUCCGAACGAGUAGUAAACUGGUGUCAAACAAAACAAAAUCCCUGUCCUGUCCUUGUUGUCACUGACUCCGUAUCUUAUGAUCAACAUCCGGUCGUCUGGGUAGCACCAGACUUCUUUGUCACCGACUGACUUGACUUCUUUUGCCCCUCGGAUCCCAGUUCCAUCAUCACAUCCAUCAAUCCUCUCUCCAUCUUCCUCCUCCCCUCCGUCUACCCGUCAAGUUUUUAAAACCCACUUGUACCGCCCGGUCCUUCGCCCACGCCCGCCAUUUCCAUCACACAAACCUCUCUACGAAUACGAAGUACCACAUUCAACUUUGUUCUCCAAACUUCAGCUUCUUCACUCGGCCAACUUGCCUUGCGUCGGCUGUCCCGUCGACCCCGUCAACAUUACCUUGUGAUUGACCAUUUGCUCAUUUCCCACCACACACCUCGUUCACACCUCAUUUCUACAACCAACCAACCACCACCACCAACAACAACAACAUCCGCCAAACAACUUCUCCAUCUUUCAUCACGAUCACCGCCAGAAUGCCCGUCGAAGUCCAUCAUUCACCUCCACCCUUGCACCAUCCGAGUUCGGGUAACGUUCGACCGAAAGGCAUCCUCAAGAACCCCUCGUUCUCCUCCGCUAGUGGCCGACCCGAAUCACCUACGAAAGAGACCUCCCACAUCCCUCCCACCACGCCCCUCGACCCCCAGGAAGAGCGAGAAUUGACCUUGCAAAACACCCUCCAGAAUGCCGGACACCGCCGUUCCUCGUCCGCCGCCAGGCGCGCUUCCGCGUCUCGACGUCACUCCUCGGCCGCCGCCGCCGCCGGCGAGCACCAGGACGACCCGGACAAGAUGCGGUUGAAGUGGGACGAGGCCAAUCUGUACCUGGCGGAGCAAGAGUCGGGAGGCCGGAUGAAGAUCACGGAGCCCAAGACCCCCUACCAGUACGGCGACGCGAUGGAGGAGGACGAAGAGGAAGACGUGGCCAUCGACCCCCGCUUCGUCAACGUCGACGAGGUUGAAAUGGCCAAGAACAAGCCCGACAAGAAGCACCGUGAGAGUGAGAUCCCGGGCCUGGAGCUGGGCGAGCCGGAGGACGAUUUCGUCGCAGGAUCCGCACGGGAAGACGACCGGAUCAUACGGGCGAGCAGCCUUUCGCGGGAAAACAGCAAGGAAAAGCAUGUCAGUGUCAGCGAAGGAAGUGAAAAUAACGGCUUCGCCGAGCAGGUCGGAAUGCCCACCAGAGAGGAGGCGGAAAAGCACCGACAGUUUGAGCAACAGAGAAAGAAGCAUUACGAGAUGAAGGACAUUAAAGGUCUCCUGGGGUAAGUCUUCUUCUUGUUGGUCCGGUGUCGGGUAGAGUGUUGACUGGCAAUGCCGUGCACAGUCACCCAGAAGAAUUGGACGUGGACGACGACGAUGAGGCGACAUCUCCCACGUCCAUGCCCAAGAGACUGCCUGAAAGAUCUGUCAAUGGCACACAAUAAAUGACAUCUCAGGAUUCAGUUCAGAAGCUCGACGUUGUCGAUGGAUUUUUACAAACACAACAUAACUCUCAUGAUCUCCGAGAGGAGGGACAUGAGCAUUUUCCCUUGGCCGUCUCGACCCGAGCACGAACAAUUCCUGAUGUUCACGUCUCACGAUUCUCAUCACACGACCCUCAAGUACAAAGUUCCACGACACCAAAGUUUACUAUACAGGGUCUCAUUUCCUAUGUUUUUUUUGACGACAACCAGUACGAAUUGAAUUGAAUUGUAUCGAAAUUGAUUCUUUUUUUCUUCCCGGUUUCAUGCAUUGACGACCAUCGACCAAACCUGCUCCCCCUUUUUUUCCGUUCUUUUCUUGUCACAACAUGGCUUUUUUAUCUAGUUCACACACACCUGCCUGGAAUUGCGACAUUCCCUCCCCUCGACCAUUGUCGAAAACACGUCAACCAUUCGACCGGGAUUUUCUUUCUCCCCCUUUUUUUUUCUUUCUCCUUCUCGGCCAAGAGCACAGACUAUGAACGGCCACGGCAAAGGAAACCAAAGCAUGAAUACACGGACCGAUGAAGACGUUCUGAACAUCAAUCAAUCAAUCAUCCUUGUCUUGUCACGACCUCUUUUUUGUUGUUUUUUGACGUGUUCCCGCCAACAACACGCGACUCAAUCGCUCGAACCCCGGUUCUGAACCCGCAUCAUUUUUUUUAUCAAAAACAUUCCAUCUGGAUUGCCUUCUUUUUUUUUGGUCCUCUGGGGGCGGCGGAAGCAGAAGCAGAAGCAGAAGCGCAAGCAAAGGAUACGUGGUCGUUGAACCUGUAUCGUGGAUGAAUAAGGAGAAACCCACAGCAAUACGGGUGUGUGUGUGUGUGUGCGUGUGUGUGCGUGUGCAGUGUUUCUGAGGACCUCAAGGAAGGUGCUCGUCAACGGGCCAAAAGCUUGGAAAAGGAGGGGGGUUGGGUCGAGUCGAGCGGAUAAAGUUGACAGAGGUACCUAGGUAUCGAGUAGGGUAUAUUUCCAAACCAUGGGGC